AUGUCUCGUCGCUCAUCCUCCACCAUGUCGUCCUACACGCCCUCUAUCACCAACAGCGCUAUUUCAAUCAAGAUGCGGAACUUCGCCAUGCAGGGCAAGCCCGUCGUUAACAUAUCACUGAAUGGCGAGAGCGGCCCGCACGGCAGCUACGUCACCUCGUUUUCCACCAUGGACAAGUUGGAGGGCGAGGUGUCUGUCACUGCCCCGCACGACACCAGGUUUGACGACAUAGAGAUCGCCUUUGUUGGCCAAUCGAGCACAUUUGUCGACAAGUUCGCAACUGCUCCCACCAUGUCUUCGCGAUCAGACGCAACCCACCAGUUUCUCAAGCUCCGCCAGCCCAUCGACGAGUCCAUGCUUCCAACCCCCCGCAUCGCUGAGGCUGGUCGCACCUACAAGUUCCCCUUCACUUUCGUCAUUCCCGCCCACCUUCUCCCAAAGGCUUGUCAACGUUUCGCAAAUGACCAGGUUCGCGCCGCACACCUGCAGGUGCCUCCCAGCAUGGGCGACACUUCCAUUUCCGGCCAUGGUGGCAAGCUGCUCGAUGAUCUCACCCCAGACAUGGCAAGGAUCUCUUAUGCUAUCAAGGUCACCGUCACCCGAGAGCGCGAGACCGAUGGCAAGGUUGUCACGCUUGUCGAAAAGAGCAAGAAAGUGCGCGUGAAGCCAGCCUUUGACGAGCAGCCACCUCUUGUCGUAGGAUCUAACGAUGCCGAGUACCGGCUUAGGCGCGAGAAGAACAUCCGCAAGGGCAUCUUCAAGGGAAAGCUGGGCAGGCUAGUGAUGGAGACGCAGCAGCCACGCAGCCUUCGCAUCCCUGGCGCACGCACGCCCGACGGUGGUCCCAUUACCACCUCUGCAAAAGUCAUCUUGCGCUUCGACCCCGCCGAUGAGAACACCCUCCCGCCAAGGCUGGGCAGCCUUAGCAGCAAGCUGAAGGUCACAACCUUCUACGCCACCACGCCACGCCGUCAGUUUCCCUCCCGCGAGCAGGUCUUGCUCGACAUCUCCCAAGGAACCUUCUCGGAAACCCUCCCGCUCUCCUCGCGCUGCAUGGCCGGCGCCCAGUGGACCAAGCACACGCCCACCGCCGACGACAUUGCCGCUGCAUCCGACCCGUCCAUCUCCCGCCGUGACUCCGGCCUCAGCGACUGCUCCGCAGUCUCCAACGCCAAGAACAUCCCCGAGCCUUCGGAAGCCUACGUCGCCGGCAGGCCCUACUACACCGCCAACCUCCUCAUUCCGAUCGAGCUACCCUCCAACAAGAGCUUCAUCCCAACCUUCCACUCCUGCCUCAUCUCGCGUGUCUACCGCCUCGACCUCUGCCUGUCCAUCUCCGCGACCACCUCCGUCACUCUCAAGGUGCCCAUCCAAGUCACCGCCGAGGCGAGCGCAGAGGGCGCUUCCGAACACGCCCAGCGAGCCGCCAGCCAGGCGCUGCAGAGAGAGACGGACGCCGCAGUGGACGAAGUCUUCGCUCCGAGGAGCAUGGCCCCGCCCAGCCUUGACUUCUUGGAGGCCAGCCAGAGAAUGCAAGCGGCUGGUGGUGCACCGCCUGGAUAUGAGGCCACGGCUUUCGCGGGAAUGCAGUCGAGGGGUGUGGAGACGAUUAUCAGGGUCAUGGGCUGA